ACCCGGGGCGGUAAUGGCGGCGGCAGCGCCUGCGCAUUGCGGUCUCCGUGCGGACCGCGCAGAGUGAAUAAUAAAGCUCUCCUCCUCGGUGGUAGCGGGCGGCGGAGGAGGGAGCAGAGGGCAGGAGCAUGUCGAAGGGCCCGGUAGGGACCGGGCCUCCUGCGACCGGGGCGGUGGCGCCCGCCAGCGCGCUCCAAGCGCAGCCCGAGAAGCCGCAGCACUACACAUACCUGAAGGAAUUCCGCACAGAGCAGUGCCCCCUGUUUGUGCAGCACAAGUGUACUCAGCACAGGCCCUACACAUGCUUCCACUGGCACUUUGUUAACCAGCGUCGUCGCCGAUCUAUCCGCCGUCGGGAUGGCACCUUUAACUACAGUCCUGACAUUUACUGCACCAAAUACGAUGAGACCACAGGGAUCUGUCCUGAAGGAGAUGAGUGUCCAUUCCUGCAUAGAACUACCGGUGAUACAGAGCGGAGAUAUCACCUGCGCUACUACAAAACUGGAAUCUGCAUCCAUGAGACUGAUUCAAAAGGAAAUUGCACCAAGAAUGGCCUUCAUUGUGCUUUUGCUCAUGGGCCACAUGACCUGCGUUCUCCAGUUUAUGAUAUCAGGGAGCUUCAGGCCAUGGAAGCUUUGCAGAAUGGUCAGACCACAUCAGAAAGUGGCAUAGAAGGUCAGUCUGCAGUUGCUGCUAGCCAUGCUAUGAUAGAGAAAAUACUCAGUGAAGAGCCAAGGUGGCAAGAUACAACUUACGUUUUGGGAAACUACAAAACAGAACAGUGUAAGAAGCCCCCACGCCUCUGUCGCCAAGGUUAUGCCUGCCCUUACUACCAUAAUAGCAAAGAUAGAAGAAGGAGCCCUCGAAAACACAAGUACAGGUCCUCCCCGUGCCCUAGUGUGAAACAUGGAGAUGAGUGGGGAGAUCCUAGUAAGUGUGACAAUGGAGAUGCAUGCCAGUAUUGUCACACCCGCACAGAGCAACAGUUUCACCCAGAGAUCUACAAAUCAACAAAAUGUAAUGACAUGCAGCAGUCUGGCAGCUGUCCCAGAGGACCUUUCUGUGCCUUCGCACAUGUAGAACAACCUCCACUUAGUGAAGAUUUACAGUCAACGUCGGCUGUCUCCAGUCCAACGCAAACUGGCCCCGUCAUGUAUAUGCCCUCAGCAGCAGGCGAUUCUGUUCCUGUCAGCCCUUCUAGUCCACAAGCCCCAGACCUUAGCAAUGUAUGGAAUAAACCAGGAACUCUACCAACUAGCCCUACUUCUGCUACAAUUCUUUGUAGGAAUAGCAGUCUUGGAAGCCCAUCUAAUUUAUGUGGAUCCCCUCCUGGUGCAAUUGGAAAACCCCAUAGUUUGGAAAGCAUUGGUUUUCCCACAGAUUCAGUAACUACUCCCAGCAGCUAUAAGAAGGCACCUGGAUUUGAGCGGGAAGACCUGGUUGGAGCAGAGUAUCUAAAGAAUUUCAAAUGCCAGCAGGCAAAAAUCAAAUCCCAUUCAAUGGAACAUAGAACCCAAGAACAACCUCUGUUACAACCCAAGCAGGAUAUAUUAGGGAUUCUUCCUGUUGGCAGCCCACUGACAUCUAGCAUCUCCUCUAGCAUUACUUCUAGUUUGGCAGCAACACCGCCAAGCCCAGCAGGCACCAGCAGCGUACCAGGCAUGAAUGCCAAUGCCCUUCCUUUCUACCCAACCAGUGACACUGUGGAGUCCGUGAUAGAGUCUGCCUUGGAUGACCUGGACCUGAACGAAUUCGGAGUGGCUGCCCUGGAGAAGACAUUUGACAGCAGCUCGGUGCCCCACACGAGUGGCAUCAUGAUAGGUGGGAGUUUGCUGCAAAGUUCUGCUCCUGUAAAUAUCCCUGGGUCCCUUGGAAGUUCUGCCUCCUUUCACUCUGCCUCUCCUUCUCCACCGGUCAGCUUAUCAUCGCAUUUCCUCCAUCAGUCCCAGGGACACUUAAGCCAAUCAGAAAAUACUUUCCUGGGGACAUCAGCUUCUCAUGGAUCAUUAGGUUUAAAUGGAAUGAACAGCAGCAUAUGGGAGCAUUUUGCUUCAGGAAGUUUUUCACCCAGUACUUCACCUGCAUUUCUGUCAGGUCCAGGUGCUGCUGAACUGGCCAGGUUGCGGCAAGAAUUAGAUGAAGCUAACAGCACGAUAAAGCAGUGGGAAGACUCUUGGAAACAAGCAAAACAGGCCUGUGAUGCAUGGAAAAAAGAAGCAGAGGAGGCUAAUGAUCGUGCUAGUACGGCCACCAUAGAAUGUGAGCUGGCCCGGGAGCAGAGAGAGGCCUUGGAGCUGCAAGUCAAGAAACUCCAGGAGGAAAUUGAGAGGAUCCACACAGGCCAGGACCCCCAGUUCCUGCGCUCAUUCUCCGAUUUAGAGAAUCUCUCCUUAUCUACCCUCUAUAACCUCCAAAAACAGUUGCGUGCCAAUCUAGAAAGAGUUGAUAAGGCACUGUUUCAGAUGCAGUCGGUGAAAUGCCUCAAGUGCCAGGAAGAGAACCGGGUGGUACUACCGUGCCAACACACUGUGCUGUGUGAAACGUGUGCCGAGGAGGGUGAAUGUCCCAUCUGCCAUCCCAACAGGCCACAUGCUCUCCAGUCGUGACUGUACUAGGACAUUUGGUUUAGCAUAUCACAUAGAAUUUUUUAACUUUUCUUUUUUAUAUAUAUAUAUAUGUAUAUAUAUACAUAUAUAUAUAUAUAUAUAUCUGUGUGUGUGUGUGUGUAGGUACAUACGCACGCGCACACACAAAAACAAAAAAUUAGUUGCAGAGCACUUUUUUAAUACUUUGCAUCUCCCAUUUAAAGGAUCCCUGCUCCCCACCCACACAGUCCCCAUUAAUUCUAACUCAUUAGGGACUUUUGGAGCUGUUUUUUAAUAUAGAUCAAAGGGCCAUUAGCAAAAUCUGUUUCUCCUCCCUCCCUUUUUAUUUAGGAAAUAACCUUUUUUUAGCCUUUUAUGGAGAGAGAGUUAGAGGGGAGGAUGAAGAGAGUUUACAAGUGAUUUUCAGGCUAAGGAUUGGGCUUUUGGGGAGAGAAAAGAUAGAAAUCAAUUUUCUAUUCAUGUGUUCAUUUCCUUCUUUCAUCCUAUAGUAUUUAGUAUUUUUAUUUGUAUCACAACCAUUACAGGUGUGUAAAGCCUUUGAAGCAGGUUUUCUGCAAUGCACAAAAAGGCAAGACAUCUCUUUGAAUUGCUAAAGUAGCUGUAUCAUUUGCAAUGCUCACUCCAGGAAUAGCUUUCAAAGCUGCUGUGUAAGCCUUGCAAAAGAUUAGUUUGCUUUAACAAUUGGAAGAGAGAUGUUUUCUUCAUGCUGUGUGCCUUCUGAAACACUUCUUUCACAGGCUUUGUGCAGCCAUAAUAAUCAUACCCAUGCCUGUCAGUAGUCCCUGCUUCAGAGCCGCAAUUAUUCAGCAUCCUUGUGGCCUCCUGUAUUGUGAAAGUUUCUUGACUUGUCUUGGAAAACCAAAAGUUCCUUUUUUGAAAGUCAUUUUACAUACUCCUUUAAUACUAUCAAAGCAACCCAAGAAAUAAAAAUAGAAGAUACACUGUCGAGGUGAGGCCAAUGCUGAGCUACUUUUUUCAUCAGCAUUACUCUGCAGUGAGACUUUUAGAAACUUCAGUAGCACUUUUGAGUGGAACCUUGUAAAGAGAAAAGUUCAAAUUGGUGGUCUGCGUUAUCAUGGAAGUGGAGAAGGGCUUCAAAAUCAGGCUUUGAUAAUGGAGCCACUUGGAGUCUUUUAAACUUUUUGGUCUGUCUGAGAGAAGUCUGUAACUCACCAAACCAAUUGCAGUCCAUUAAAUUUCCUGGUUUUCUGCCUGCCUGCAGAAAUGGAGUAUUCUGGUUUAAAAAAAAAAUCAGACUACAGACUGCAAUACAUAGUGGGCUGUGCUUGGCUCAGUUAUCAGACUUGUUUAGUAUUAAACUAAUGCUUGGUAUUUGCCAGUAGGAAGAAGCAAAUCAACACAUCUCCUUUUUCAUUCUUAUCUCUCUAUGAAUGGUGCUGUUACAAGUGUUGUAGUUAAAGGGAAUCUCUAUAGUUCCGAGAAGGACGGCCCUAUGUGCAUUCAGAAAUGGGAAGAUCCAGACUUGUAGCACAAAAUCAUCUUAUCUGAACUGUGCAGCAUUUCAUAUUAUUAACUUAAGAGUAAGUUGUCACCAACGCAAACAUGGGUAGAGUGUCAGAGAGAAGAGAGUUACUUGCCAGUAACUAAUGUCACUUUUUUAUCUGUCAGUAAGAUAAAGUGCUUUCUUUUCCCAUCUUUAUCCACAUUUAAUACAAGAUAAUAUUUGAUAAGGUUUACACAGCACCGCUGAGGACUUUUGUUAGAGUUGCAAACUGAAUGAAACUUGGAUUCCCAAACUAGUAAUUUCUGCAAAAAUACAGAGGUUGAGGUGGAAAAAAUUACAGAAAAAAGGCAGUUUUGCAAAAGUUUAGAAGCCCUUGUAUGUAUUUGGAGGCAGAAUGCAAGUUCCCAAAAUGUUUUAACGAUGAACAUGAAUAGCUAGAAGUGGGUGUGGGUGAAUGCAGCAGUGCUGGAUGAAAAUUGAUGAAGUAUCUAAGAUGCCACAAUAUCCUCCCUUGAGAUUAGUUAGCUGUUUAGGAAUUAAAGCUCUUAAUACACUUUACAUUCUUGUGAUAGAUUUAUCAUGAAUACCACAAGGCCACAUUUUACCACAUGUGAGAGAGAGAAGGGAAAGUUGUGCUCAGAAUCCACACUGCUUCAUUUCCAAAAUACGUUCCUUUUCCUUAUUACUAGGAACUUUUCUCAUUUCCUUGAACUUUCUAACCUUUCCUUGAGCAUCUACAUUAGGUGUUCUUCAGGGAUCAAUUACGUUAAUCCCAUGCUUCACAAGUCACUUUCUUGUGACCAUUCUCUUGGAGAUGGGAAUAUUUUUUGAGCGUGUAUGGGAUACACUGUGUUUGGAGAAUCCAAAGAAUGAUUCUGGAGAGGAGAGGAGAGGAGGGGGGUCUUUAUUCUCCCUCACUUCUACUUUGGCAUUUAUACCACCAAUGGGAAAUGUUUUCCUGCAGACAUAUCCUUCCUACUGCUCUGCUUUUCUUCACAAAAUACCUCCUACCUAUACCCUUAGUUUAGCAUCACCAUGAACUCCCCUGGUUAACCUAAUGUAGGUGCAAAUUCCCUUUUUGGCUGGGUACCUGCCAGCAGACAACUUCAGUGAACAUAGUGUAUAUCAUACCCAAAUGACUAAAAUGUCUGAAUCUAUAAGCACGUUCCUUGGCAUGGACUUACUAGACAACUACAUAUACCAGACAAUAUUGGUAACCUUUUGUCAUGGACUGAAAUGACCACUCUUAUUAUCCAGUUUCUGGAUGCAGUGCAUCCAGUCAAGAGGAGUACAUAAGUUUGGCUUGUUAAAACAGAUGGACAGUUACUACUAACUGUCUUCAGUAACUUGAGUCCCAGGCAACAGUCAGCUGGGUUAGCAGGAGUAGCCAUUUAUUUCUCAUGCUUUUGUGGGCCAGCAUGAGUUAAAUGUCCAAGCUCUAAGCAGAUCUUACUAAAAUCAGUUUAAAAAAGAAACAUGUAGAGUAAUCCUAAGCGUGUUUACACAGAAGUUAGCCCUACUGAGCUCACUGGAACUUGCUUCCUAGUGAAUGUGCUUCAGAUUGCAGCUUCAGCGAAUCACUUCCUUUGAGAAUUCGUCUGCACUCAUCCCAGAGUGUUUUGCAAAGGAGUGAAACUCACCAAUUAUGCGCAACAGUUCGAUUAUGUGCGUUAAGUUCUAAAAAUUGAUAUUGGGGCCUAAAUCCAACUGACUUUCAUUGAAAUUUAUGGUUUGGAAUAUUUCUGUUUCAAAACUUGCAUCCAGUGAAUGUGUUGUCCUGCUAUCCCUGAGUGACAGAGCGCUCGCUGCAGUUUGUUCUUACUCAGCGCAACAGCCUCCAGACAAUGAAAAGCAACAGUCCAGUCUAGAAGGACUCUAAUCUGCCAUUUUGCACUGGGAGUUGUUUAAUAUGUAAAAGUGUAAUAUUUAGAAUUAUAAUCUCACUCCCUUGCUCACCAGUCUUUGCUUUGUUUGCAGUAGUUGACCCACUUUUCCCUAACCUGAAAAAGCACUGGAAACUCUUCAUAAGAGGGAUCCAGCUUUUCACCAUCAAGAUAGUUUUUCCAUAUGUAAUUCAAGUACAUCAUUAGAUUUGCUUCCAUAAUUCCACCCUUCUAUAUUUGGGGGGGUUAAUAUGCAUUCCCAGAUAAUCUCAAAGUGCAGCUCUGGUUAGUUUUUUUUUUAAUUAACUUUUAUGUUUGAUAAAAUUGCUUUUUUCAAUGUGUAUGUUGUACUAGUAUCUGUUUUCUUCAUUUUUUUAAAAAAAAACACUUAAUUGGCUUUUUUCUGUAUGGAGAGACACUGCUGGCUGACUCUUGUAGCUGUGUUGUUUUGGUUAUAGCCUUUGAAUGUCUGUGCCAUGAGGCAUCCCUGGUUUCCACGAUCAGGAAACAUGCUUCAGUCUUAAGGAAAGCUUGUUUGUUUAAAAUAUGUGAACAUUUUUAAAAAAAAUACAUACAGAUACACAUACAUUUAAAUUAUGGGGAAUAAUACUCUGCUGGAAAUGUACUAAACUAUUUUGGUAACUAAUUUAAAAAUAAUAGGAAAUAAAAUCUUUGAAUCGGG